UUUACUGAAAUUGGUUAUAAAUUUUGAAUACAACAAAUUAUUUCGAGACAGCCGAUAAAAAAACUCGAUAAUGUUUCGUUUAAAAUUCGAGUUGUGGUAUUUUUUUUUCUGUUAUGUUGCAGGUUGCACAAACAAUUUCAAAAUACAAAUUUGUUGUCAAUUUGUAUAGGGACGGAUGUUUGAUAGUUUUCCUCUUAAAAAUUAAUUGAUGUAACGUCGUAUAAAUGAGCUAUGAAUUCUACAACUUUACGGGGCAUUUUCCCAGAGCCAAGACCUGUCCACAGACGGAAUUUCAUUAAAGAAAAUGUUAAACAAAUAAAGCACAUGCAGGGUAUCUUGCAUGAUACCGCGAUCGCACAACCACGUCAAGUAAAAGAGGGCCGAUUCAGAAAUGUGCCUAGAAAAUCGAUGUCGCGGGCGGAAAGGGAAAAAUCCUCUCAAAAUAUGACAAGGUCUACUUCAAAUGACAGCACAUUGAAAAAACGCGUUGUCAAGCAGGAGGAAUCUACAAUCACUAGGAAAGUAGAGAAGUUCAUCAACAGGUCUAUGCAGACUGAAAGGAGUGAUGACAUUGGCAAACUGUACGAGACUGGGGUGAUCAAAUUCGCCAGACCCAAGGCAAAAGUCGGCCCCAAACGCGGACAAGGCGAUGAGUCUUUGAGCCAAGGCAUGGAAAGUUUAGAACUAUCAGAAACAAAAAUGGGACGAGACUUUGUCAGGGAAAACAUGAAAAACAUCAAACCUAAACACGUGAAGGCGCCACAAAAGAAACCCGAUUUAGGAACACAUGAAGCUGGAGCUCUACCCAAAUAUUUGCAGGAGAAAAAGGAGGAAGAGGCUGAAACUGAUGUUGAAGAAUGUCCUGCUGGUUACGUGCUUUUGCCUGAGGAGGAUAGGAAGAUUACUUUGAGGAAUUUGAGACAAAGCUACGCAGAUAGAAUUCAAGAGCUCAAUGCUAUGCCUGUUAGAAGUGAUACUUUGAGGAUGAGAAAGAGGAAGAUGGAGAUUGAGGAGGAGUUGAAGAAAAUUGAUGGAGGAAUAAAAAUAUUUCAAAGACCUAAAGUAUAUGUAAAAAUAAAUGAUUGAUUGUUUAGGCUAACUUGUAAAUAAAUUAAAUUGUGUGAUUAAAUCUGA